AUGAUAACACCUACUUUCUCUGUCGAACAAGAUACGGAUUUCAUUUAUAUCAAUAUUCACGCAGUUUUUAUUCGUACACAAAAUGUAGAAAUAUAUGUAGAAGAAAACGUAUUUAUUUUUUCGGCUACUCCAUACUAUCUUCGGCUUCACUUACCAGGAAAUGUUGUAGAAGAUAAGUUUAGUAAAAUGUCAUACGAUAUUUCAUCAGAAACUGUUAAAAUAAAGUUAUCCAAAGAAACAUCUGGGAUGGUAUUUCAUGAUUUGGAUUUGAUAUCAACACUUCUUUCAAGAUCUAAAACAUCUUGUGAUAAAAAAACAACAGCGCCAAUUAUUGAGAUAAUAAAUGAAAAGAAUACACAAGAAAAUAUUCAAAAUAAUUCUAAAAUGACUUUAGAAAAUGGUUUAGUGAGUUCUAUAGAUUAUUGCACAAAAGAUACUAUUCAAGACGAUAGUACAAAUAGCCUUUAUACGGAAGGUCUUAUUUUUGACUGGGAACUUCCUCAAAAAGCUCCUGAGCAAAAUCUACAUUUAUAUGCAUCUUAUGGAUUUAAUGGACAAUAUAGUAAUUAUAUUAAAUCUCCGUCAGAUUCAGGAAAUGAUAUUAACGAAAUUAAUGACCCGGAGCAUAGUACUUCUACAUCUCGUUCUGAAGAACGUAUUUUAAAAGAAGAUCUUAAAUUCAAUGAUGAACAUUACAUGGCAGAUUAUAUAGAGGAUGAUGAGAUUCAAAAAUGUUUAAAAUGGAAAUCUCAAGAAUAUAUAAUUCUUCGUUCUUUACAGAAAAAUACAUCUUUGGAAGAAAAAAAAAAAAAAUUGGAUACAAUCAUUCUUACAAAAGAAGAACAGCUUGAAAUUUUAAAACUGCCUCGUAAAGAAUACAUCAUUGAUAAUCUUAAAUCUACUUAUUUGUGUAUACUUUCACUUUUAUUUUCUUAUGCAUAUGAUGCUCGAACAACUCAGGGAGAACCUACUUCUGAAUCACCCUGGACUAUAGGGAAACUUUCACCUAUUCUAUCAUGUUUAGACAUGUCUUUUUCUACAAUAAGACAAAUUGUUAUUGCAUGUACUCGUAGAGCUUUAGCAUACCCAUUAUAUAGGCAUUGGGGGCUUAUUCAAAAAUGUUGGGAAGAUGUAUAUUGUAGUUUGAAACUAGGAAAACGUUGGAUUCUUAAAAUUUUUUUACAAAUAAGAAGAAUAUUUGAACAGGGUGAUACUUAUUAUUUAUAUAAUAAACUUUUUUUGGAUGAUUAUUCCGUAUGGAUUCAAACAGCAAGUGAUUCUGUUAUUUGGAGUUUAGCACAUGAACUUCAUCAUUUAGAAAUUAAAAAAGAUGAAAUUAAUUGGAAACUUGAAGAAUUAGAAACAACCGCAAAUAAUAUAUAUAUAGAACAGAAAAAAUCGGAAACUAACUAA